AUGGCUACGAUUGACAUCGUUCUCGGCGCCCAGUGGGGUGACGAGGGCAAGGGAAAGCUGGUCGAUGUCCUCGGACAAGACGCGCAGAUUUGCGCCAGAGCUCAGUUUCUAACCCGACCUCCAACAGCCGGCCACACUGUCAUCGCCGAUGGUGUAAGCUACGACUUCCACCUUCUCCCCUCCGGUCUCCUGCAUCAAAAGUGCAUCAGCCUCAUCGGAUCCGGCGCCGUCGUCCACGUCCCAACCUUUUUCAAGGAGAUGGCCGAUCUCGAGGCCAAGGGCUUGAAGAACAUCCGCGACCGCCUUUUGGUGUCUGACCGAUGCCACAUCAUCACCGACUGUCACAUCCAGGUUGAUGGUUUGGAGGAGCAGGAGCUUGGAGGCAACAGCAUCGGCACCACCAAGCGCGGCAUCGGCCCAACCUACAGCACCAUGGCUGCCCGCAACGGCAUCACCAUCAGUGAGAUGUUCGACGAGGAGCUCUUUGAGCGCAAGCUUCGCCAGCUCGCUCACGGGUUCAAGAAGCGCUUCGGCGACCUCCUCGUCUACGACGUUGAGGACGAGAUCAAGCGCUUCAAGCAGUACAGGGAGGACCUUCGCACCUUUGUUGUCGACGCUGUCCCCAUUAUCGCCGACGCCCAGAGGAACGGUAACAAGAUCCUGGUCGAGGGUGCCCAGGCUGUCAUGCUUGACUUGAACUUCGGUACUUACCCCUACGUCACAUCAUCCAACACUGGCCUCGGCGGUGUCUUCACUGGCCUCGGCCUCAACCCCAAGAAGAUCAAGAACAUUGUCGGUGUUGUGAAGAGUUACACCACCCGCGUCGGUGGCGGCGGUUUCCCCACGGAACUCCUCAACGAGACGGGCGAGAAGCUGCAAAAGAUUGGCCACGAGAUUGGCGUCUCCACCGGCCGCUCCCGCCGCUGCGGCUGGCUCGACCUGGUCGUCGUCAAGUACUCGACGGACCUGAACCACUACACCGCGCUCAACCUCACCAAGCUCGACAUCCUCGACACCUUCCCCACCAUCAAGGUCGCCGUCGCCUACAAGAACAAGCACACGGGCGAGAACUUUGCCUCUUUCCCUGCCGACCUCAAGGCCCUCGAGGACGCCGAGGUCGUGUACGAGGAGCUCGAGGGCUGGAACACCCCCACGACGGGCGCCAAGUCGUACUACGACCUGCCCAAGCAGGCUCGCGCGUACAUUGAGUUCAUUGAGAAGUUUAUCGGUGUUAAGAUUGUCUGGAUCGGUACUGGCCCCAAGAGAGAGGACCUUGUUUUCCGUGGAUACUAG